AACAUUUUGCUCUUCACUCUUGGCAAACCAUUUUCGGUUUCUCUCUCUCUCUCACACACACACACACACACACAUCUCGAAGUACACAGGAAUGGCAAUUUCAAUGGCAUCCCUCACAUCUUCCUUCGCUUCUCUAACUUUCUCUUCGCAUAUAUCCCAAAGGCCCCAAGACCUCACUUUUAUCCGAUCGAAACCUCUUUCUAUAGCCCACACAAUCAUAACCCCUCCUCUCGUCGUAGUUGCCUCUACCGUUGCGGCACCGGUCGAUUUAGAGACUACGAAUCUUAAGAAGUACGUCAAGGCGAGACUUCCCGGCGGAUUCGCUGCUCAGACGAUCAUUGGCACCGGUCGAAGAAAAUGCGCCAUUGCUCGUGUCGUUCUACAGGAAGGUACCGGCAAAGUCAUCAUCAAUUAUCGUGACGCCAAGGAGUAUCUUCAAGGCAAUCCAUUGUGGCUUCAGUAUGUCAAAUUUCCAUUAUUGACCUUGGGAUAUGAAAGUAGCUAUGAUGUAUUUGUCAAGGCACAUGGUGGCGGUCUUUCAGGGCAGGCUCAAGCAAUUUCCCUUGGUAUUUCUCGUGCGUUGUUAAAGGUGAGUGAGGACCAUAGAACACCUCUGAGGAAGGAAGGCCUUCUGACCAGGGACGCGAGAGUAGUUGAGAGGAAGAAAGUUGGUCUCAAGAAAGCUCGGAAAGCCCCACAAUUCUCGAAGCGUUGAGGCCUGCGUUGUAGAUGCAAGAUUCAAGCAGCAGACAGAUUUAAGCAGCAAACAGGGUGGGGCGGGGCCGUGAUAUUUAUGUAAAUUUUGUAACUUGUCAUUUAUGCUUUUUUCCCCGAAACAAGUCAUUUAUAUUUCAAAACAAUUGGAAAUGAGCUGAUUCUUCGUAUCUCAGAACUUUGUAUGCAAACCCAGUUAUUCAUGCCACGACGUUAUGGAGUGCUUUUUUUAGGUCAGGAUAACUCCUUUAACAUAGGAGUUUCUGGGAAGUUUGAAUGUCAAUGAAACACUCAAAAAGUUUCCGAAUUUUGAUUUGAGCUUACUGUAUUAGCUGCUGUAGUUUGCUUUACCAAUCUAGAUCAUGCACAUCGUACGUUCAAGAGAAGUGAUCCUGC